AUGUCUCCGCUCCUGAAUGGGUUUAAGCGGACCGUUCGAGUCUUAUCUUUCUCCGCCAUGGCGAGUUGAUGGCAGUCUCUCUCUCUCUCUCUCUCUCUCUCUUUGUUCUCGUCUGCUCCGAUGUUCCUAUCUCACCCUGUUCCCAUCUCCUUGUCCUCCACCUCCUCCUCCUCGAAAGCCCCAUUCUUUCAAUCGCCACCAUUCCUCCCACCCUUCACUCCCCGAUCCGCUCUCCGUUCCCAAAACCCUAGAAAACGCCUCAAAGAAGUCCACCUCCGCACCUCCAAUCCCACCCCGGAAACCCUCGCCAAAUCCGCCAUCCAACGAAUCUCCGAGAAGCUUCGCAGCCUCGGCUACCUCGAGAAUGGCCCCGCUACGGCCGCCGAUCGCCCCGCCACCGGCCGCGGAUCCGCCGGCGAGAUUUUUAUCCCGACCAGUCGGGAAAUCCCCAGUCGUCGCGUCGGAUACACCAUCGAUUCGAGCUGGAGCACUCCAGAGCACCCGGUCCCUGAACCCGGGUCGGGGGUCACCAUCAACCGGUUUGGCGAUCUAUGGAGGAGAGAGAAGGAAAGGCAGGCGGCAGCUAGGGCCACAAAGGAUGCGGCGGCGCCCCCCAUGGUGGCGGAACUGACGAUUCCGCCGGAGGAGCUGAAGAGACUGAGGAGGGAGGGGGUGCGAUUGGCGAAACGGCUGAAGGUGGGGAAGGCUGGGAUCACGGAGGGAAUCGUGAAUGGGAUCCAUGAACGGUGGCGGAGGUCGGAGCUUGUGAAGAUUAAGUGCGAGGACUUGUGCCGGAUGAAUAUGAAGAGAACUCAUGAGAUAUUGGAGAGAAAAACUGGAGGUUUAGUUAUUUGGAGAUCUGGAAGUAUCAUAAUCUUGUAUAGAGGGGUAAAUUACAAGUAUCCAUACUACUAUGAUGGAGACAAGAAGAAUGAGAUUUUUGAUGAAGUUUCUUUACCAUCUGGUUUGUAUAAUGAAGAAACCAAUAAGCAAGAGGUGAAUUCACCAAAAAUGAUUUCUGCAAAUUCUUCUGCUGAAUCACCUACUGCUCCAGCUCGCUCUUUGUUAGUAGUAGGAGUUGGCUCUCCUAAGAAGGUGCGAGUGCAACUAGAGGGAGAAGUUCAACUUGAAGAAGAAGCUGACAGAUUGUUGGAUGGUUUGGGUCCACGUUUUACCGAUUGGUGGGGAUGUGAUCCUUUACCUGUUGAUGCUGAUUUAUUGCCAGCUGUUGUUCCAGGGUUCCGCAAACCUUUACGGCUUAUCCCGUUUGGCAUAAAGCCCAAGCUAACAGAUCGAGAAAUGACCAUUUUAAGAAGGCUUGGACGGCCUCUACCCUGUCACUUUGCAUUAGGGAGAAGCAGAAACCUUCAAGGAUUAGCUGUUUCAAUGAUUAAGUUAUGGGAAAGAUGUGAGAUUGCUAAAAUUGCCGUUAAAAGAGGUGUACAAAACACAAACAGCAUCAUGAUGGCUGAGGAACUAAAGCAACUGACUGGAGGGACUCUUCUAUCAAGGGAUAAGGAAUUCAUCGUCUUUUAUAGAGGAAAAGAUUUUCUGCCUCCUGCAGUCUCAAUUGCAAUAGAAGAGCGGAGAAAUUAUGGGAGCAACAAACAAAAGAGAAAUUCAGAUGAAAACCAUCCUGUUGCAUCUAUCAAUGUUUCUGAAACAAAAAUCUCUAAAAUUACCCUUCCAGAUGAACCAAAAGAAGGGGCUGAGCAGAUCAGAAAUUUUGCCCUAGAAAGUAGGAAAACUUCAGUGAACGUGGCCUUCCAAAGAAUGGAGACCAGGUUGUCACAGGCUAUCAAGAAGAAGGAAAAGGCAGAAAAGUUUAUAUCAGAGCUUGAACCCUUAGUUGAACCUCCAAAAUUUGAAGUGGAUAAGGAAGCCAUAUCAGAAGAAGAGAGAUACAUGCUUAGGAAAAUAGGUUUGAGGAUGAAACCAUUUCUCUUACUAGGAAGAAGGGGAGUCUUUGAUGGAACAGUUGAGAAUAUGCACCUUCACUGGAAAUAUCGGGAACUUGUAAAAAUAAUUUCAAAAGAUCGUUGCAUGAAAAAUAUUGAGACAGCAGCUAGAAUCUUAGAGGCGGAAAGUGGUGGUAUCCUGGUGGCUGUUGAGAGAGUGAGUAAAGGUUAUGCAAUUAUUGUAUAUCGAGGAAAGAACUACCAAAGGCCUGUGACCUUGAGGCCAACAACAUUAUUAAAUAGAAGGGAAGCAAUGAUACACUCUUUGGAGGCUCAACGUUGUGAGUCAUUGAAGCUUCAUGUGUUAAAUAUUUCAAGAAAUUUAAAUCAGAUGAAGCAUCAGAUGGUCCAGGAUGACUCUCUGAUUGACUCUGUGGCAGUAGACAAGUGUAUGACAUCAAGCAACGUAAUUGCAACAACUGAUGAAACUGGGUUUGGUGAAAUGGAGGACAACAAUUCUGUAGACUGUGAGGGAGUGCAUGACACUGAUUCAGAGCCCCUGCAUGUGGGAGAGUCUUCUGAUAUCACAAAUGAUAUGAAACAAUCUGUCAGUACCGCAUUUGAUGAAAUGGAUUAUUCUUCUGAGAGUAGUUCAAAGGAUAAGUUGAUAGAUCUAAAACAUAAAGACAAUCACUCUGAUACUAAAGUUGCUCAGUUUGUCCUGGAGCAACGAGCUCCGGUGUCAUCUUCUGUAAUGGGUGACUCCCCUGUUGCUGAGGAUACAUCAGUAAAGGAGGCUUAUGUUGAAGUUCCUUUCAAGGCUGCACCUCUAUCAAAUCGAGAAAGACUCGUUCUGCGUAAACAAGCCCUCAAAAUGAAAAAACGCCCAGUUUUAGCUGUUGGGAGGAACAACAUCAUUUCAGGUGUUGCAAAAACAAUAAGAACACACUUCAUGAAGUAUCCUCUUGCCAUUGUGAAUAUCAAGGGAAGAGCAAAGGGGACUUCUGUACAGGAAUUGAUAUUUGAACUUGAGCAAGCAACUGGGUCUGUUCUUGUGUCGAGAGAGCCCAACAAAGUGAUCUUAUACAGAGGAUGGGGAGAAGGUGAGUCACCUGGAGGGGUCAGGGAAAGAGAUGCCAAGCCAUCAGGAGUUCAGGAAAUAGUGUCUCCCCAGCUUAUAGAAGCCAUCAGGCUCGAAUGCGGGUUGCACAGCACAACAUGAAGCAGGCGACUAAAUCGGGCAGUACUUUGUGCACUCUGUAAGUGUUACAACAUGCUUUACCUGUGUUGUGUUUGUUAAAACAUCUAGCCAAAUUACAUUUCAUUUAUUAACCAAAUCUUCACAUUUGCAUUAGCAAUGUGCGCAAUAAAGUAUCAAGCACUUGAGUCGG